UGCGGAGUUCCUUUUUGAAUGUUAGGCAUUGAACUGGGCCUGCUCAUCAUACUAACUGCAAUGGUGACACGGGAGAGGGGAGUGAAGGAGUAGUUCAAGAGAGGCGAAAACAAUUAUAGCAUCUAUACAGGAAAAAACUCUACAUUGUUGUCGGACAUCUUAUUUGAGAAUCAACAGAACCACAGUUAAAAGGGAGACGGGAGUAAUUAACCGAUUGGCGAGCAAGAUAUAUACUAUAUGCAAACACACGGCAGUGGACAGAAAAACAGGCACAGCGGGCACUUGCUUGUUGUCUUUUUGGGACUGUUCGAUUACUGCAGGGUUCAGUAUACCAGUUUGGAGAACAAAAUAACGACCAACGCCUACUGAGUGUGUAGCAGAGCUCAGUGGAUUCCCUAGGAUCCCAAAGGUGUUGUCAGGUAUUGUCAGCUGUGUCUGCCACCUGACCCUCCCCUCUCCUUGCCCCUUGCUUCACAGCUGCUCCGCCUCCCUCCUCCCAUAGCCCCUCCCCUCCCCCUCCCCUUCCCCGACCCCUACGACUUCCCGCCCCAGCAUGAACGAGGUCAGCGUCGUCAGAGAGGGAUGGCUCCACAAGAGGGGUGAAUACAUUAAGACCUGGAGGCCUCGUUACUUCAUCCUGAAGAGCGAUGGCUCCUUCAUCGGCUACAAAGAGAAGCCGGAGACAUCCGACCUCAGCCUGCCUCCUCUUAACAAUUUCUCCGUGGCAGAGUGCCAGCUAAUGAAGACAGAGCGACCGAGGCCCAACACCUUUGUCAUCCGCUGCCUGCAGUGGACCACCGUCAUCGAGCGCACCUUCCACGUGGAGAACAAUGAGGAGAGGGAGGAGUGGAUGCGGGCGAUCCAGGCGGUGACGAAUGGCCUGAAGACACGGGAGGAGGAGGAGCCCAUGGACAUUAAGUUCGGCUCGCCCAGCGACUGCAGCGGCAUGGAGGAGAUGGAGGUGGCCAUGUCCAAGUCUCGCUCCAAAGUGACGAUGAGCGACUUUGACUACCUGAAGCUCCUGGGGAAGGGCACCUUUGGAAAGGUGAUCCUGGUGAAGGAGAAGGCCACGGGGAUGUACUACGCCAUGAAGAUCCUGCGCAAGGAGGUCAUCAUUGCAAAGGACGAGGUGGCCCAUACAGUGACAGAAAGCAGGGUCCUGCAGAACACCAGGCACCCCUUCCUCACGACACUAAAACAUGCUUUUCAAACGCAUGAUCGGCUGUGCUUUGUGAUGGAAUACGCCAAUGGAGGAGAGCUGUUUUUCCACCUUUCCCGGGAGCGUGUGUUCACGGAGGACCGGGCCCGUUUCUAUGGCGCCGAGAUCGUGUCGGCAUUGGAGUACCUGCACUCGCGGGACGUGGUGUACAGGGAUCUGAAGCUGGAGAACCUCAUGCUGGAUAAAGACGGCCAUAUUAAGAUCACAGAUUUCGGCCUGUGUAAAGAGGGCAUCACUGAUGGUGCCACCAUGAAGACCUUCUGUGGCACACCUGAGUACCUGGCACCUGAGGUGCUGGAGGAUAACGACUAUGGGCGGGCGGUGGACUGGUGGGGGCUGGGCGUGGUCAUGUACGAGAUGAUGUGCGGCCGGCUGCCUUUCUACAACCAGGACCACGAGCGGCUGUUCGAGCUCAUCCUGAUGGAGGAGAUCCGCUUCCCCCGAAACCUCUCCCCAGAGGCCAAGGCCCUGCUGGCCGGCCUGCUCAAGAAGGACCCCAAGCAGAGGCUCGGAGGGGGUCCUGACGAUGCCAAAGACGUGAUGACACACAAGUUCUUCACCGCCAUCAACUGGCAGGAUGUUCUGCAGAGAAAGCUGAUCCCGCCCUUCAAGCCCCAGGUGACCUCAGAGACGGACACGCGCUACUUUGAUGACGAGUUCACAGCACAGACCAUCACCGUCACGCCGCCAGACAAGUAUGACAGCCUGGACUGUGAGGACCCGGAUCAGAGGACACACUUCCCCCAGUUCUCCUACUCCGCCAGCAUACGGGAGUGACGCUGUCUCUCACAAAGCACUCUUGUACACUCGCACUCACACCAAGACACAAAAGCAGGGCAAACAGGGCAGACACAGACGGAAGCAGAACCCGCAGGCCGACAGACAGCCAACCUCAUCCGGGAGCGAAGUGCCUUGACUGGCAGCUGUCACUCUGCUCUGCCCCGCCCACAGUCCCGCCCACAGACCCAGCUUUCACACUACACCCACAGCACACAUAGGAGCCAUAGCACUUGAACACACACGCCUACACUCGUCCUCCCAGAGACUGCAGGAGGAAAAACCCUUCUUUAAAGCAAAAAAAAAAAACUUUAAUUCUUGUUUUUAACAAAAAAAAGAAAGAAAUGAAAAAAAGUAUUUUUAAAUUGUUUUUCCCUCUGAUUGUUAUGGUUUUAAAAGCCAUAUUUCUGCAAUUUUUAUAAGUGCUCUUUCUGGAAAUAGCUGUUACCAAUAGUAUUGAUCUGUUGUGAAUGACAGGUUGAGAGAAAAGGGAGGGGCUAGAAGAACGAGAGGGGGAACAUGGUGGCCAUUUCUCUUCCCACUGUGUGUGCAUGCGUGUGUGUGUGAAAGAGCGCAAGUGUGUGCUUGUGUGUGUGUUUCAUAUACUCUGUGUGUAAGAACAAGAGUAUGUAUGCGUGCGUCUGUUUUUGAUUUUGUCCAUCAGUUAAUCUUGAGGGGGACACGGCCACACAGAUGUGUGUAGUUCGCUUUAUUGGAGGUGGAAAAAAGUCCUUUAAAUUUGCUGGGAGCUUUGUGCUAGGAAUCAUCUUGUUGAAUUGUUUCUGUGUUUGCCCACAGACAGCAAAGUGGUCAGUUAACAUACAGUGCCUUCUGAAAGUAUUCAGACCCAUUCUCUUUUUCCACAUUUUGUUACGUUACAGCCUUAUAAAAUGGAUUAAAUUGAUUUAUCAUCAAUCUACACACAAUACCCCAUAAUGACAAAGCAAAAACAGGUUUUUAGAAUUUUUAGCAAAUGUAUUAAAAAUAAAAAACAAAUCACAUUUACAUAAGUAUUCAGACCCUUUACUCAGUACUUAGUUGAGGCACCUUUGGCAGCGAUUACAGCUUCGAGUCUUCUUGGGUAUGACACUACAAGCUUGGCACACCUGUAUUUGGGGUAUUUCUCCCAUUCUUCUCUGCAGAUCCUCUCAAGCUCUGUCAAGUUGGAUGGUGAGUGUUGCUGCACAGCUAUUUUUCGGUCUCCAGAGAUUUUCGAUCGGGUUCAAGUCAGUACUCUGGCUGGGCCACUCAAGGACAUUCACAUACUUGUCCCAAAGCCACUCCUGCGUUGUCUUGGCUGUGUGCUUAGGCUCAGUGUCCUGUUGGAAGGUGAACCUUUGCCCCAGUCUGAGGUCCUGAGCGCUCUGGCGCAGGUUUUCAUCGAGGAUUUCUCUGUACAUUGCUCCGUUCAUCUUUCCCUCGAUCCUGACUAGUCUCCCAGCUCCUGCUGCUGAAAAACAUCCCCACAGCAUGAUGCUGCCACCACCAUGCUUCACCGUAGGGAUGGUAAUGGCAAGGUGAUGAGCGGUGCCUGGUUUCCUCCAGACGUGACACUUGGCAUUGUGGCCAAAGAGUUCAAUCUUGGUUUCAUCAGACCAGAUAAUCUUGUUUCUCAUGGUCUGAGAGUCCUUUAGGUGACUUUUGGUGAACUCCAAGCAGACUGUCAUGUGCCUUUUACUGAGUGGCUUCCUUCUGGCCUGAUUGGUGGAGUGCUGCAGAGAUGGUUGUCCUUCUGGAAGGUUCUCCCAUCUCCACAGAGGAACUCUGGAGCUCUGUCAGAGUGGCCAUUGGGUUCUUGGUCACCUCCCAGACCAAGGCCCCUCUCCCCCGAUUGCUCAGUUUGGCCGGGUGGCCAGUUCUAGGAAGAGUCCUGGUGGUUCCAAACUUCUUCCAUUUAAGAAUGAUGAAGGUCACUGUGUUCUUCAAUGCUGCAGAAAUUUGUUGUACCCUUCCCCAGCUCUACCUCGACACAGUCCUGUCUCUGAGGUCUACGGACAAUUCCUUCGACUUCAUGGCUUGGUUUUUUCUCUGACAUGCACUUUCAACUGUGGGACCUUACAUAGACAGGUGUGUGCCUUUCCAAAUCAUGUUCAAUCAAUUGAAUUUACCACAGGUGAACUCCAAUCAAGUUGUAGAAACAUCUCAAGUGUGAUCAAUGGAAACAGGAUGCACCUGAGCUCAAUUUUGAGUGUCAUAGCAAAGGGUCUGAAUACUUAUGUAAUUGUGAUAUUUCUGUUUUUUAUUUUUAAUAAAUUUGCAGAUAUUUCUAAAAACCUGUUUUCGCUUUGUCAUUAUGGGGUAUUGUGUGUAGAUUGAUGAGAAUAAAAAUUAAUUUAAUUCGUUUUAUAGUAAGGCUGUAACGUAACAAAAUGUGGAAAAAGUGAAGGGGUCUGAAUACUUUCCGAAGGCACUGUACUUUACUUGGUGUCCAGCUUCAGUGAAAUAAUGCGAUGAGAUCACAGAUGUUACUUUUAUAAUGAUCAUCAACAUCAUGACUCAAUGGUGGAAUGUUCUAUGAAAUCAUGUUUUCACUACACAUUUGGCUACGAAGGUGUGAAAGUUGUUUAAUCUUUCUUUGACGCACCUCUGGGCGUGGUCACUGACGUGUAGUUUUUAUUUUUAAAAUUUUUGCCUUUUGAAAAUGGGCAGAAAUCUUAAUGAACAUUCUAAUAUUUUUUUCAUAAUUUUGUUUUGUUUUGAUUGUCUUGUUUCCUCCCCCCCGUUCCACACCCCCCGCCUGCCUGAACUCGUCUCCUCCUCCCAUUGAAACUUUGGAUGAAAAGAUUUAGACUCAUUUAAAAAAUAUAUAGAAUAUAUUAAAACCAUAUUUUUUGUUUUGAGUUUUUAUUUUUAUGCCAUCCCUGUGUUAUCAUUUAUUUCACAUUUGGUUGCAUCAGUACGUAUGUGAGACUGUGUGUAAGCGUGUGUGUGUUUACAGACGGGGAGGAGAGAAUGUGUGUCAGGUGAUGGAGGUGUUAUGUGACACAGCCCAUGGGAAUGGGCAAAAAUGUCUGGAAGAAAAGAGGAAAACUGCACGUGUCUGGCAGACAUGCGCAAGAACAUAAAAUGGGAACCUUUGUGUCAUCUCAGGAAUAUGCCGGAACAUUUUCCCCCUGUCCUGUUACCACAGCAAUUCGGGUGCGGCAAAAGUGGGAACGGGGCGCCUCUGACCUUCAGCCACCUUGUGCAGCAGGUUCCUGCCCGAGCUCAGUCCUUGGACCUCUCUGGGAAUGCAGAAUCACCAUACGGUGCGACUGAGAAAUAUUAUGUGUCAGUUUCUAGAAAGGCCACCAGGUGGUGCCAAACCCGUCGUGAAAGGAGCUCAUGCCUUGAUCUUUGGCUGUCUUCAGUUCUUCUGUCACCAAACUCUGGAUGAGAAGAAUUGACAGAAAAACCAUGAAGCAAAUCAAUUUCUUAGUGUAAUGUGAAUACAAAAUGGAUUGAAGCAGAUCUGCUUUUUCUUAUAGCUUUAUUAUAUAGAAUUGUUUUAUGUGACAUUCAGCCAUUACAAUUUCUCCCUGUACUUUAUUUUUUUUUUUUUUGGGGGGGGGGGGGGGUGGUCAUCAUCGAGGGAGUACUUGUGGAAGAUGCUUGCAAGCAUUAAGUUUUACUGUAGCUGGUAUCUUUCCUGUAACAUGGCAAAUGUAGACAUUGCUAUUAUGGGGAUGAUUUACCAAGUAAAAAUAUUCAUAGACUGG